UCAUGCUCGGGAUCCCGAGUGCUAUCGAGCAAGUCCACAACACGUCUCGCUACCACUCGGAUGUAUUUGCCAUAAUAGGCACGCUCUUCCUUUGGAUGUACUGGCCAUCUUUCAACGCCGCUCUUGUGAGUACAGAUGGUUUUCAGCAAGAGCGUGCUGUGAUAAAUACUGUGCUCAGUAUUGCGGCCUCUUGCGCCUCGACUUUCGUGGCUUCGAAAAUGUUCAGUCACACUAAGAAAUUCGACAUGGUUCAUUUACAAAAUGCCACUCUGGCUGGUGGUGUCGCUAUGGGAACGAGUUGCAACCUGGCCAUCAGCCCAGCUGUGGCUAUUACCGUUGGUCUAGUUGUGGGUGCAGCAUCUACAAUCGGUUACUGCUUCGUGACUCCUUUCUUGGAAACGAGUUUUCGGCUCUCUGAUACUUGUGGUAUUCUUAAUUUACACGGCAUGCCUGGUGUCGUCGGUGGUUUUGCGGGUGCUCUCGUCACUUUUUCAACCUCGGAUGACUUUUACGGAGAUAGUUUGACGAGCAUUUACGUAGCGCGUUCGUACCGUUCUACUAAUGAGCAGGGAUGGUACCAACUACUUGCUAUCGUAUCAUCAGCAGGCAUCAGCACCAUCGCCGGUCUCCUCGUCGGUUUAUUUCUUAAUUCAAAACUUUUUCGGAAGCAGAAGUGCAAAUAUGAAGACGAGGAAUGGUUUCAUGUGCCCGAAGAAUGCCAUGCUUAAAUGUUUAGGUAAUUUGUAGGACGGCAAUAAUGAAAAACAAAUUAAGCUUUGCGUUAGUGAAAAUUAUAACGAUAGUUGAGCAUUACCUUCUUAGCGUCGUUUGACUCACAAAGCAAGAUGACUGUUGAAUGGAUGAUAAAUCAAUCAAGUUUUUAUCAGACAUGAUUGUUUUGACGCUA